GUUGACUUGACGCGUCCUCUAUGUUAAUUAGUUAUAAAGCAUUUUGCCAUCUCCGGGUUCAGUUACUGUCUAUCUUGAACCACGCAACAAUUGCGUCGCGUGAAGUCGAAAAUCGUACCGCGCAGCACCGAAAAGAUGAAUCGACUUGAAGGAAAAUAUAUGGUCGUAAUGCUAACGCUUGUCCUGGUUUCUAGUCUGGCCCUGGGGAAGAAACGAAAUCGAUGCGAGAAAAUUAGGAUACCGUUUUGCAAAGGACUUGGUUACAACACAACAAUCUUUCCAAACAAUUUGAACCAUGAUACUCAGGAAGAAGCGAUAAUAAGCGCGUCUGAAUUCCAUAUUUUAGCCGAAAGCAAAUGCUCUCCCGAGAUCGCCCUAUUUCUAUGUUCCCUCUAUGCCCCGGUAUGUACUCAGAUGCAUAAAGCGUUACCACCGUGCAGAGCGUUGUGUAAGAAUGCCCGCAGUGGAUGUGAAGUGUUGAUGAAAAAGUUCGGAUACCACUGGCCUGAGCGGUUUGCUUGCGAGAAGUUUCCCCAGCAGGGAUUGUGUGUUGGGCGGAAUUCGAGCACCACAAGUCAUGCAAAGAAAUUGAAACCAGGUAAGUCUUCUUCAUCAAUUCAGCAAUGAGCAUUUCUAACAUUUCUUAGCCUACCCCUUUUUUGUAAAUUUCAUGUUUUGUAUUCAGUGUAGCAGUAUUGGUAGUAGUAUUUGGUAGUUACAUUCCUCUUGCCAUUUCCCAAGAUGCGAUUAACUUCUGAUGAAGUAUUAAAACGAGUACACGAGUUAUGAAUGUUCUGAGUAUAUAUGUAUGCUCAUGUGAACAUUCGUCCAUCGUCCAGAAUUUCAGAAGGAAAUCGCACCUAAAAUUUCUAAUGUAUACGGGCAUGAAAGAUGGUAAAAGGUAAACAUCGGGGUCGUGUGAAGGUAAUAUUCUAUUUCUACAAGUGGUUUCAAAUUAUAAGCGAUACAGCUAGUCACCAGAUGCUAGUCCGAUCUUCGGAAAGGUUGACACUGUUCAUGUAAACGAAUUAAACUUCAUCUCUCAAAUCCGUUUUUAUUGCUUUUAAUGACUGUAUUAUUAUUUUUUACUCGGGUAACUGCAGGUUAAUGAACAUCUGUUGUACGAUAGCGUUCAGUGCAAUCUAUCAAUGGCAAUCGGCAAUUGUGGUUUGUGUCGGAACUAUACGUACCUAGCUACCUGUAGAACACAGCGGCGUUUUAAGUAAAGGUCCUUUCUUCGUCCGGAAAUUUAUUGUGGCUAGCAAUUUCCAGACAAAGGCAUUUUGCUUUUCGUGAAUCUAUUCAAUUCAUACACAAUUUAUAGUGUAGAUAUAUAAAAUGUUGGUCGCAGACAUUUCAAAUCAAUCGGUGAUUGAUGUGCAAUUCGAAAUGUGCGUGACCUUUUAUCAUUUUGUGCGCUAUUAGCCUGAAAAUUGAACAUUUCAACAGGCAAACAGCCAGACCGAAUAAAACUUCUAAAAUGAACAAGAUUUCUUUAAUUAAGGUAAAUGUCAUAAACGUACCAUGGGGUUCAAUGCAGAAGUAUUAUUCUACAAUAAACUGUUCUGCUGAGAAAAUAUCUCAAACGCGAGGGUCCAUUGUAGGUAGUAUUCUAAAUAAGAUGUUGUUGUUCCAUAUUUGUUACCUUAAAACUCAUUAAUAAGAUGUUGUUGUUCCAUAUUUGUUACCUUAAAACUCAUUAAUAAUUUAUGAAGAAAAUUCAAACGAAACGAACGUUUAAUCAAUAUCUGUAAACUGGAUUAAGAGUUUGUCCUCGUUUACAUAAACUUGAGCUCCGAUUUUCUCAGAAAAAAACGAACCAUAUCGCCAAAAUAAUUGGUAAAGUUGAUUACUUAGAUGUAUUCGUAUUUUAGGUAAUAUAUAAAGCAAGAGCAGCUAAUCUUUACUUGAUGUAUUGAUUUUAAAAGGCUCGCCGAGGGGUUCGCCUUGCAAAUCAGAUAGCGAAUGGCACUCCCUUAGGAAGUCAGACAUCUAUAGUGGUUAUCAAUUUCAAAAACGACUUUUCAUUCGGAACGUCGAAGUUAAUCUUCUCAGGUAUAUAGAUCAGAACACAGAAUAGUUUAAUCCUCUUCAAUUCCUCUCCUGCAUUUGGCUGUGAUGAUUUCAACUUUUAUAGGAUUAUCGUCUAUAGAUAUAUUCUAGGAUAUAUUUGAUAUAAUCCUUAUUAAUAAGGGUAAUCCUUUUUAAACAGGCCUUAAAUAGACACUUUCCGAAUUUGCUUGGGAAAAAGAAGGCGCGGAAGGGAAAGUAUUCAAAGGGAGAGCUAUUAUGUUUUUCACUGCAUCAAAACUAUGAUAUAGAGGGCAAAGGUCAAUUUGAAUAUUUCCCAUUAUACACCUAAUAUAGUAAUACCACUACAACGUAAUCCUCGAUAUAACCCUCAAAGAUAUGAAAGAUGUUUUCAUAUUACAUAAUUUCAUUCCGACACUGCUAAGCACAAACAAAAUUGGUCUUCUUGAGCCUUUAAGGGGGAUUUAACUUCGAAUCUUCAGGUUUCUAGACUUGAAAUCCUUUCCAGUCUCAUUUCCCAUGAUAAUUUUAAAGUUAUAGGAUUAAAAUAGGAAAGUCAAUAGACGCCUUGUGGCUAUUAAUUAACAGCAAAUUUCAUUCAUGUUUACAUGUAAAUUGCCUGCGGCCAAAACUAACAACAAAUCUUAUCGACAUGACUACAUUCAUCAUAUUGUGAUAAAGAUGUCAUCUUGAUUCUGGCUUCGUGUGCAAUUUGGAUAAAACAUGUACCUGCAUGUGCCUGAUGUUUAUGAAAUUCGACUUACUAUUGCGAUCAAAUAAGUCAGAACCUAGGUUCAAAAAUGCGGAAUUAUACCCGGUUCAAAUUAUACCCGGUUCAAACCAGUUUGCAUGAGCUCAUUUGCAUUGGAUAUAUGAUAUACAAAAUCACGAGCCGAAGGUCAAUUAAAUUUUUAUUUAGUGAGAUUUUUAUUUAGUGAGAUUUUUAUUUAGUGGGUUUUGUAUUAGAUAUUUAGAUAUAUACAAGCUUCUUCGCGGUGAUGAUCUCAUUACAUUUCUGAUUCGCUCAUGAAUUAUUUAUGAAAUUACAUUUUUGUGUCUGAUAAAACUUCUCAAAGAAACCAAUAUUUAAAGACCUCGAUAAAUUCAAACCAUAUAUGACCGUAGGGUUCCUUAAGGUUAUAUAAAGGACAUAAAUAGUUGUUUUUUUGGCGGAUAACACCAAGUUUGUUUAUUUAGGAAAACGUUCGACCCAUAAGACCGGAUUAUCACCAGUGCUAAUAAACAUCAGUGCAUUUUUUAACACAAUGAAGAUCCGGGGAUUGUGGAUCGACAGCUUUGCUAAAUAAAUAAACGUAGCAUGUCCCAAAAAAACAAACAAUUAUGAAUGUUGUUUAAUUAAUGGUUCGUGGUGUGAAAACAAUAGCGAAGUUAAGCAAGGCGUAUAAUCUAGUAUGACUGUAUGUGGCAGGAACCUUAAAUUUUACACUUUUAUAAUUAUAAAGAACUAAGCCGGACGAGGUGCAACGAGGAUGGCUAUUAAUAUAAUAUUAAUACAAGAAAAUAAACAGUUAAAGUUCCACGAAAGUUUUACUGUUUUAUAGACGUCGCCGUAGCUCUGUUUACAACGGCAAAAUACAGAUUAUCACGUCUUGUAUACAACGCUUAUAUUUCAAGCUGGGACUACUGCUACUUUCAAUUGGGUCCUAGAACUUUUUCAAUUAUAAACACGUUUUAACUUUCGGUUGGGUCCUAGAACUUUCUCAAUUAUAAACACGUUUUAACGUUGGUUAAUCUGUAUUCUUUUUCACACUACAAAAUAGUAUAUCACAUUGGCUACCGCUUGUCGAGCCUUGCUUUCGGGGGUUUAUCGUUUAUCCGCGUUUUAUCCUUUUUCCGCGACCGCAAUUCUAGACUUCCGUGUUCCGUAUUUCCGCAUCCGCGUUUUAUCUUUUUUUUCAAUCUUGAUUUCGUGACUAUUUAUCUUUGUAACUUAUACUACCAUUAUCUCAAGUGUUUUUACAUUAUCUGUUUUCACAGUAUGUGCAUUUGGGUACACAGUAUGUCACCAAUGACAGGAUAAGCUUUUACUAUAUUGACCUGUGGCACUCUCCCAUCCCACGGGCAUUUUGCUUCUGUUUUUACGUUAUCUAUUUUAACAAUAUUAUUUGACACCAAUGACAAGAUAAGCAAGGUUUUAACCAUAUUGACCUGUAGGAAGUGGCUCGAGAAAUGGUACUUUCAAUCCAUUCCCAUAGGCACUUGCUUCUGUUUUUACAUUAUCUAUUUUAGCAGUGUGUACAUGCUUCGUGAUAUAUUAUAAGUAAGAGUUAUAAACCGAGUAGGAGGUUUAUAACUGAUAUAUUGACCCGAGGACGCGUAGCGUCCGAGGGGCAAUAUAUCAGUUAUAAACCGAUUUAUUAUAAGUAAUAGCAUGGCUUGAGGGAGAUUAGUGAUUAAAUGGCCCCGUAACCCGAGGCAGGUUUGCGGAAUUCCCGAGGGCGAAGCCCGAGGGAAUGCCGCAAACCUGCCGAGGGUAAGGGGUCAUUUAAUCACUAAUCUCCCGAAAAGCCAUGCUAUUAGUUUGUAAUAGCAUAGUUUCGCUCCCAUUUAAAAUUGGACAAACAUGCCCUAUUUGGAAUCAGCGUAUUUAAGCUAAAACUUUUGCUUCAUUGCUUGUGGGAUGUAAAAGCUUGUUGCACAUGCGCACUUUUUACGCUUUAAUCGGUUACGCAUGCGCAAUCUAUCAUUUAACGUACCACAACAAACACGCUAAAUAUAUUAGUAUAAAUUUGGAGACUGCACGUGCGUAAUUUAAAUGAUGCGGCAACUCAGGGAUCGGAUGAUAGACUAUUGACGGCUCUGAGCUAACUGUUGCUGUUCCUUGCACGAUUAUGUGCGUGAGGCACUUGCCUAAUGCGUAGUCGUCAGGGAGACAAAGGUGUGACCCUUGGUAACGGGCGAUUAGUUCUAAUCGCCCGCUCUAGCGGGCGAUUAGAACUAAUCGCCCGCUACAGCGGGCGAUACGUGAUUAAACGUCCCUGUUGAAAUAAAAGAAACCCGGGCAACUAUGCCAUAGAAUAAAGAUCCAUAUAGAAGGGCCACUUACGUCGGAAGCUUUGAAGUUUCUGUCCUCGCGCAUGUCGCAUUACGCAUGUUGGCCGCCAUUUUCCUAGCCAGUCAAUGACAUUUUCUGGCCAAUAAACACGCUGUACUGGCUGGCUGCUCCGCCUUCUGGCCAGUAAACUGCAUAUUUUUGCAUAAAAAAACGAGGACACGUUGCACCCCUGAGUGGCCCUUCUAUAUGGAUCUUUAUUCUAUGACUAUGCUAUUACUCGGUUUAUAACUAACUUAUUUUUCACCCUGCUCGGUUUCCUUUGUUCUUGUCGGGAAAUAUAUUCAAUAUUCCCCUCUAAUCAAUUUCCGUUUAAUAAUCCCCUCUAAUAUUCACCUGCAAUUUAUAAUCUCCUCUAAUAUUCACCUGCAAUGUCUUGGCAGCACAAAAAAUGAGAAAAAACAACAUCGCGAAGGCAAUAUGGCAUUAAGAAUUAUUUCUUUUCUGACUCAUUAACGCGACCUCGCAGUGUGAAAAAUAAGUACGUUAUUUUGAGGCAACGAGGGGAUAUGUGUUUAUUCACCUCGGCGCUGCGCACCUCGGUGAAUGAAUCACAUAUCCCCUCGUUGCCUCAAAAUAACCUAUACUUAUAUCACACUUGCGGAGGUUUUCCAACAUAUUUUGUCAUUUUCAAAAAUUUUUAAUGAAAAAUUCUCGGAUAUAAAUAAAUUAUAUCGGAUAUAUAUAAUUAUAAACAUAAAUAUCAAAGUUAGUUAUAAACCGAGUAAGUCGGUUUAUAACUCUUACAUAUUAUAUGUCACCAAUGACAAGAUAAGCAAGCUUUUACCAUAUAGACCUUUCUCCUUUCGAGUGAAAUUUUGAUCUAAACAAAUCUGGACAAAAAUUUCAUCACAGCUUGAAAGAGCAUCACAAAAUUAGUAAUAUUCCGAAGUUUCGUUGCGAAAUGUUGUAAAAUGCGGAUAAUAUAGCCUUGCGAAGUUUGUCGUUUUUCAGUCAUUUUGCAUUACAAACGGGAAAUUGAUAAUCAAUUUGAUCAUCUGAUUAUCAAUUUCCAUUUGUAAUACAAAAUGACUGAAACAUGGCAAACUUCGCAAGGCUAUAUUAACCGCAUUUUACAACAUUUUGCAACGAAACUUCGGAAUAUUACUAAUGUUGUGAUGCUCUUUCAAGCUGCGAUGAAAUUUUUGUCCAGGCAUAUCUAGAUCGAAAUUUCACUCAUACGGGGAAAGGUCUAUUAACCUGUGGGAAAUGGCACUUCCAAUCCCAUGGGCAUUUUGCUUCUGUGUGAAAACUAUACACAAAAAUGCAUGGUCAUGGAGACCAUCUUUAUACGGACAUAAUUCUCACUUAUAAUUCAUGAAGAUAAUUGAAAAGAAAUCAAGGUAAAAAUGAGCUAUUGUAUGCACAUACAGGUGUAUAAAAACUAGGGAUCCAAGGAUAGUGCAGAGUUUCAAAGACGAACGCUAUAUUGACAUACUUAUUAAUUGAAUAGUUUUUUCAAGCGUGGUUUAUAGCUUUAAUCACAUGUCGAUAUGGUUUAAAUCUAAUACUUUAAGAUUAAAGAAUGACGAGAUUUAUGUAAUAUUAUUUAUUUCCUCAUAUAAUAUUAGUCACAAGGCAUAAUUUCUGUUAUAAUGUUGUAAAGUUUCCAAUUGAAAACGACACUAUAUAGGGUCGCCGGCAACCUAGGUGACUUUUUAAAUCUGUGAUUAUUCCCACCAUCCUUUUAGCGCCCAUUUGGCUAUCGUCUCAGUGACAACUUGAGAAAAUAGCUGUAUAAGAUAUGUUAUGAAUAAUAAGCACUACGACGUUGUAUUCCAUUACAAAAAAGGAACACAAAUCUAAAACACAGAAACGUAAAUAAGAGGCGAAAACUCAUUAAAAUGACGCAUUUCAUCCGCAUUUUAUCCCCAUAUCCGUUCCGUGAAUCCGCAUCCGCUUUCCGCAUUUUAAUCUAAUUAUGACGUGUUUUCACAAUAACAAGUCUCAUUGACCUUUAAUAUAUUUCGAAGGUCACGUUGUUGUUUCAUGAGUCAUUUUCAGCUUUUCGCAUGUAUUCAAUAAUGUAACUUUAGAUUUCAAUAGUUUCACAGUUAUUGCAGUGUUUAUAUAGCAGUUUUGACAAGCUUUGAUACAGAUAGAUUCUCGUAAGAUCUGGUAGAGUUUUCGUUGCACUGAACACGAGUUUGCACCGUUGUGCUAUACACGUAAACAAAGAUUUUCUCAAUAUUUAUGUCUGAAAUGUUUAUACAUUUGAAAACACGGUCUCGCUGCUUCCUAGCUUUGUAUAAUGAAUAUACCGUCGGGACUUAAUUGAAUGCCCGUAAUGCAAAACAUCAAUUUAUAUAUUGCGUAGAAUCUCAAAGAUUUUCUCAAUAUUCAUGCCUGAAAUGUUCAUACAUUUCAAAAGACAAAACAACACUGUCUCGCUGCUUCCUAGCUUUGUAUAUUGAAAUUGAAUAUACCGUCAAAAUAAUAUCGGUACUUAAUUGAAUGCCCAUAAUGCAUAAGUCAUAACAUCAAUUUAUAUAUUGCGUAGAUUCUCAAAGAUUUACUCGAUAUUCACGUCUAUAAAAAUGUUUAUAAUUUGAAAACAACACUGUUCGGCAGUGUCGCUCCUUCCUAGCAUCGUCAUUCGUCACGCCAUCGUGAUCUACAGCUUGAUAGCACAUGCGCAUUUGCGCUGCUAAAGAAAAAAUGGGUGUUCCGGGGGAAAGAUCUUUCACACAACACGAAGAAGCAAAUGUUAUAAAAUUGACAAAAAUUUGCAAUAACAACGAUUCCUGGAAAUUUUUGUGAACUUGGCAAAAGGACAAAAUAAGUAUUUAAAUAAGACAACUGAAAUUGCCUAAAUAACCUUCAAAGCACUGACUAAGUAGAAUAAAUUACCACGACGAUAAAUCGUAUACACCCCCCGGAAAGUUUACUCUAUGAUAUCUGAUGUAUGACAGAUGUGAAUUUUCGCCACUCAUCACAAUAGUGCACAGUUUCAAAGAAACUCUGCACUAAAAAAGGAGACCUUUAGAAAUCAAGUAUAUUGUUAAAAUUUGAAUGCCUUUUCAAUUGCACAUAUGCUGAACCGUUUGCGUGAAAUAUUGAUGGAUGCAUAUAUUAGAAAAAAGAGACCUUUAGAAUUUGAAAUAACGUUUAAACAAAUCUGCCAUGCGCUUAGCCUGGGAACAAUCUGCCAUGCGCUUAGCAAAGUGCUCCAGGACUCAAAUUAUAACAAUGGUUGAUUUCUAAAGGUCUCCUUUUUCUAAUAUAUGCACUCCAUCAAUAUUUCACGCACCACAGUUCAGCAUAUGUGCAAUUGAAAUGGCAUUCAAAUUUUAACAAUAUGCUUGAUUUCUAAAGGUCUCCUUUUUUUUUAUACACCCUGUAUAUACUCUCAGUUAAAAAUCACUACUUUUCGAAUAAUUUCUUAAAACAAAACACAGUUGAAAUCCUUACGUUUCACAGGAUAUAUACACAGCAUUCGCAUCCGUGCUGUAUAAAAGCCCAUUUCCACUCCAGAAAAAUUUCCGCGGUGAAAAUAAUUUCCCGAAAAUAUCAAUGACAUUGUUAAAAGUUGAAAAUAAUUUUCAAUAUGAAAAUUUUUUUCCGACGGAAAAUUUGUGACGGCCAAUCACGUUUUACAAAAUUUUCUUUCUGCGAAAAAUUUUCCUGAGUGGAAAUAUGGGCCUUGAGACAUUGCGAUGAAACUGAUUAAUAGAGAUUUUAAGAUUCGCGUUAUACGUCAAACGGAAAACGGUAGGCAAAGAAAAAUUUUACGGUAUCAGGCAAUGAAGAGUAAAUGAACUCGCUGUUUUUAAACUGCAAUGCAUGAUUAUUCUUUUGGCACAAGAAAGAAAAUAUGAAACGAAAACGUUCAACGAAAAUUUUGCCAAGAAAGUUCUUAUCUGCCGUUUGCCGUUCCCGGAAACGUAUUCCCUAAUAAUUCAUGAAGAAAACGCAAAAGACAUUAUGACCGUGAAUGAGUUUGUAUAUCUGAUAUUUAUCUGAUACAAAAUCAUGUUGAUUUACAUAAACUUUAAGUCCAAUUUUCUCACCAAUUAUGUAAUUCAUUUACUUUAAAUUGUUGAAGAAUACGAUUGUUCCUCAUUCCUUCUUUUCAUCAGCUAGUCAACUAUAAAAUGGUCAAGUGGGGUAAAACUCUUCAACCCAUAUAAAAUUAGCGACGGUCUUUGGAUGUAUAAGAUAUCCCUAUUGUAGUAUUGACUUUCUAGCAAUUGCCGAUUGAUCUGGAAUUAGAAGAUGCCAUUUUGGACAAUCGUUCUGAUCAUAGACAUAGUCUAUAUCAAAAUAUGAUCGUCUGAAAACGAAACAGAAGUGUUUGUUAUAUGUUUUUGUCUGAAUUUAUGUUAAUUUGUCACGAUGAUUGAGCUCAUUGUAUUUUCGUAUAAUUAAGUAACCGUCCAAUAAGGAUAGGUGAGAUGAAACGUGCAGCCACGAUGGAUAGUAUUUCAGUAAUGAAGUUCAGGAAAAUUAUUUGUGCAUGGUGAGAUAGAGUUCAACAUCAAACAAAGCUCUUCUAUUUUUGUGGCUUUGAAGUUUGCCGGGAUUCCAGACCAUCAUAUCUUAAUAGACUAUGGUCUGACUUUACAUGCAUUUAGACCCGUUUUCAAACGUCGACCUUUCGCGUGCCGCAUUUUAUGCUAAUGAGCUCAAACAAAAAUUUUAUAUCAGUUACAAUCUCGAAUGGCCGGUGCAAGUGUGGGUGGAGUCGAUAUAAACAGAUAGCUGUGGUGCGAACGAUAUAUACAACAACCUGAAAAAUGUAAUGAGAACUUCGACAUUUCGAGCGAAGGCAACAAAAUGGCUGCAACUUGCUACAAAAUCUGAUUUCUACGCAUGUUAAUUGAAAAUGUUUACACAUACAUUACAAAUCACGAGGCAACAUGUGUCAACAUUUCUACUUAACAUGCGUUGAAAUCAGAUUUUGUUGCAAGUUGCAGCAAUUUUGUUGCUCGUAUUACUCCAGCUUAAUUAGAGUAACGGGAAAAUUACAUGUGCUUUUUUUAGCUCAGUUACAUUAGAUUCGACAAAUACGUGAUAAGGUCGACAUUUGAAACGGGUGUAAGAAUUGAAAAAUUAAUUAUGAUGAGCUCUGUGAAUGGAUCGCGCACGCUUCUCCGCAAUUUUCGCUGUCAUUACCUCGUAAUUAGGUGGAACGUGGAGGUAUCUUUGAACUAAAUGUUUCAAUUUAAACAGCUAUUCGUCAAACAUUCCCAAUACAAUUUAAAACAGGCAGCUCAAUAAAGAUAGUCUUAGAUAGUAAUCUAUACCAGACUUGUUGUCUAUAAAUACGGUCUAAUAAAAUGGGUUAUAUAGUGUGCGACUUGUUUCCAAUAUGAUUUGUUUCCUUGCGCUGGUAUUGUUCUGAUUGGCAAGUGUAUUGUUUAUAUUGAAUGAAUGCUUCCGAAUGUCCGGUGCGUAUUCCGUUUUCAUGCGGCUAAAAUAAUCAGAAAUAAUUAUUUCCUCUGGAUUAAGGCCAAAGCCCUAGUUUUCCUUCAGACAAGUUUACCUUCUCGUGUGUACGGUCAACAAGCUUUCCUUGACAACUUUCCCUUGUCCUUGACAAGUCUCGUUGCUCAUUUCAGGGUUCGUACGGGUCCUGGAAAACCUGGAAAGUCAUGGAAUUUCAAUAUUCCAAAAUCCAGGCCUGGAAAAUCAAUUUUAGUCAUGGAAAGUCAUGGAAAAUUGAAAUUUUACAUAACAUUAACAAAGUAUACCUGUGAUGUUACUCUGAGUGUAUAUCCACACCAGGCAAGCUUGAAAAAUAUGCCUGACCACGGUGGGAAUCGAACCUACGACCUUUGGAAUACUAGCCCAAUGCUCUGCCAACUGAGCUACGCGGUCUGGUCGGUUCGAGUAUGUGAUAUUUCGGAACAGAAUCUAGUUCCUUCGAUUCCCACCGAGGUCAGGCAUAUUUUUCAAGCUUUUGCCUGGUGUGGAUAUACACUCAGAGUAACAACACAGGCAUCCAUAUUCACCUGAGUACAUUACACCAACACAGAAAAAUCAUGAUUAACAAAGUAUUUUACUUAUUUCAAUUUACCAGUCAUAACAAUAAUAUGAAUUGUUGUUAUAUAAACAGAUUUUUACAAGAACGAAGUGAAUUUUGUUCUAGUUUAUUAUAUCUGUUAUCGUUAAUUAAAAUAUUAACGAAUUUCAGAAAUUCCAGACUUACAGGUCAUGGAUUUUGAAACAAAUGGUCAUGGAAGUCAUGCAAAAGUCCAAAGGGAGAAGGUGUACGAACCCUGUCAUUUGUAUCACGUCAAGGUAUUUCAGUUUUGUCUGCCAAAACCACAUUGAAGUAUUUCUUGUACCCCUCUCAAGUUUUCCUUGGGCUUGGCAGCCGUACACGUGAACAAAUUUUCUUUGUCCAAAAGCCGGCAUGAUUAGCUUUGGAAUUACAAGGCUCCUUCUUGGCAAGGAAAAUUGCCAAUUUUUCCUGUACUGACAUGCACGUACCUUGACAGGUGUAUUAGCCGCAAAUGUAAAAAAAUAACAAUUACAGUUUUUAAAUAACAAUGUUUGAUGUACUAUUUAAAACACGAGUAUAGGAUAUCUGGUAACCUGAAGUUCAGGCCCUAAUCACAGAAUAGGUUCGAUAUCUGGUAAAGCACGAACUGCGAGUGCUUUAAAUGGCUUAAAAACGAUCCAUCUUUAAAAAUAAACAUUGUCUAAGUCAAGAAAAUCAAAGCUAAAGUUUAUGUAAAUAGACCUUUCCCUUUAUGAGUGAAAUUUUGAUCCAAAUAUGCCUGGACGAAAGUUUCAUCACAGCUUGAAAGAGCAUCAUAAAAUUAGUAAUAUUCCGAAGUUUCGUUGCGAAAUGUUGUAAAAUGCGGAUAAUAUAGCCUUGCGAAGUUUGCCGUUUUUCAGUCAUUUUGUAUUACAAAUGAAAUUGAUAAUCAGAUGAUCAAACUUGAUUAUCAAUUUCCCGUUUGUAAUGCAAAAUGACUGAAAAACGGCAAACUUCGCAAGGCUAUAUUAUCCGCAUUUUACAACAUUUCGCAACGAAACUUCGGAAUAUUACUAAUUUUGUGAUGCUCUUUAAAGCUGUGAUGAAAUUUUUGUCCAGACUUGUUUAGAUCAAAAUUUCACUCAAAAGGGGAAAGGUCUAUGAACAGGAUUUUUUUUAUCACAUAUAAACCACCGACACGGCAGUGACUUUCUUUGUCUUUUCCUCAUGAAUUAUUUGAGGAUUUUUCAGCAUCUCACUCGAGUCUCGAUUGGAUUAUAAAUUUUGAAGGAUUUUGCAUGCAGACGGCAAGUUUCAAGUGCACAUUUCACACAUCUAUAUUAUACCCAAACCAGGAGCAGCUGCAAAAAAUGUAACUAUUGUAGUAUAGAGGCUUUCCGUCUGCAGAAUCCUUCAACAUUUAAAUAACAAGACCACUUAGUCUUUAUUGCCUUAAAGUGUAAUUAUUUCGGCGCUUGUCGUUUGACGCACGCCGCGGAACGCGAUGCUUGAAUUAUCUUUUAUUUCAUUUGAAAUCCGAUUUAUAGAAAAGUAGUGAAUUCAAUUAGGUUUAUGACUUUACGUCGAAUAGUUUGUUUCUAGAUGCUUUUGCGCGGAAAAGAUUAUAUUUAGGGGUAGACCAUUAUGUUUCCUGGGAAGAGCUUGGCAGAUCCAAAAAAAAUCAUGCAAAGAGUAGAAUUCGUGCAAGCAUUUAGGAAAAGAAAAAAAAUUCUGCAGCCAAAGCCAACAAGAUACUGGCCCUUGGAUCUGUAUUAGAGUUUAUUAUAUUUAAAGGGGCAAUGUCACCGAUUUUUGAGCAAUUCUAACUCUAGCAAAUUUUGCCCAAAACUGAAAAAGAAUGAGUGUAAGCACAAAAUAAGCAAUAACAGACACAAAAAAACAUGGACAGAAGUCUGGAUGGGCAAGAUUACGCCAGGAUUGAGAUGGAUUGUAAAUCAUAACUUAAUCCAUUUACAAUGUUUAUUUUUAACUUUGUAGUUCAGUUUUUGAAUAAACGGCAUUUUAGGUCAAAAAUCGGUGACAUUGCCCCUUUAACCUAUUUAGAUACAGGUUUAUUAGCAGAGCCAUGGCUCGCUUCGCCACUGAAAAUUCCCUUCCCAGAUAUCUAACGGUCCACCACCCUCUGGCAGGAAUCUACGGCCCUAGAAAGUUCCAUUUACAAAUCCCUCCAAAUCGCUCGUUUGCAAUCGACGCCAACUUGGUUGAUUUUCGUGGCAACUAAAAAUCUAUAUUCUUCAUUCUUUGUCGUAUUGUGCCAGAAAUCGUAAACUAUCCAUAAUACAGUAAGACGUUUUCAAAACAAACCAAAAAUAUUAAAGUAACUCAACUAUUUCGAUGCAAACGGCUGGACAAAACUUUAAAAUCAACCAAGAUGGCGCCUAAUGACACGUAGUGACGUCAUGUGCAAGCAAAGAAUACGAUAACUGCUAAUAGACCUUUCCCCUUAUGAGUGAAAUUUUGAUCUAGAUAUGCCUGGACAGUUUCGUUGCGAAAUGUUGUAAAAUGCGGAUAAUAUAGCCUUGCGAAGUUUGCCGUUUUUCAGUCAUUUUGCAUUAAUAAUCAGAUGAUCAAACUGAUUAUCAAUUUCCCAUUUGUAAUACAAAAUGACUGAAAAACGGCAAACUUCGCAAGGCUGUAUUAUCCGCAUUUUACAACAUUCCGCAACGAAACUUCGGAAUAUUACUAAUUUUGUGAUGCUCUUUCAAGCUGUGAUGAAAUUUUUGUCCAGACUUGUCUAGAUCAAAAUUUCACUCAAAAGGGGAAAGGUCUAUGAGCGUCCCUCCAACAUGGCCGUCGUGACGUCAGUGCAAGCCACAAAAAUACGUACUUCAUUAUAAUUUGACUGGAAAUGCCUCUAAUUAAUUAAUUAAUUAAUUCCACUUCUGGUGAAGAACAUAUUGGAUAUUAUUAGUCUAUAAUCUGGAUAAUCUUGAGUUGAACGUGCCAAAAAUUAAUAGAAUUUAUAGAAGAAGUCAUUUCCUCACCAGACAUUUUAAGUAUAUAGGCUAUAGCUACCAUUAUCAGGCCUUUGAAAAAUCUUGAAUUUGGAAUCUGAUUAACACUUGGGCAACCAUAUAUAAUUCAAAUAGACGAAUGGACUAAAUUUAGAGAAAAAAGCAUUUCCUCCUGGUAAUAUAAUCAUGGUAUAAUAAUGGUAUUAUACUUAUUAUCGCUAUCCAUUAUAUGGGUUUAAAAAACCCCAGUUUCUAUCUCGUCGGGUAUAUCCAUACAAUUUCGUCGUCAAAUUUUUAAAAAUCCGGCAAUAUAACAGAGUUUAGAAAAAUCUUGAGUUUGGAAUCUGAUUAACAAUUGGGCAACCAUAUAUAAUUCACUCAACCAUAUACAACAUUUCCUCCUGGUAAUAUAAUGGUAGAAUAAUGGUAUUAUAUUUAGGCUAUUAUCACUAUCAUUAUGGAUUUAAAAAUCUUAUAGCUAUCAUUGUGAGGCUUUAGAAAAAUCUUUGAAUUUGGUAUCUGAUUAACAACCAUAUAUAAUUCAUACACAAGAAUUGAUUAAAUUUAGAAAAAAAAACUCCAACAUUUCUCGUCGUAAUAUAAUAGUAGAAUAAUGGUAUUAUCACUAUCAUUAUAUGGGUUUAAAAAUCUUAUAGCUAUCAUUAUCAGGCUUUAGAAAAUUUUGAAUUUGGAAUCUAAUUAACAAGGCAACCAUACAGAAGAAUAAAUUAAAUUUAGAAAAAAAAAACAUUUCCUCCUGCUAACAUAAUACUAGAAUGGUAUUACAGUUAUAUUAUCACUAUUAAUAUUAUUAUGUGGGUUUAUCACUUUAAAAUGAAAAUAAUAUAAUCUAUCUGUGGGAGGGACCUUUAUCACGGAAAUUUAAUAGUCAGUUCCUUGACCUUCAAAAACAUUACUUGUACUAUUACGUCAAACAUUAAUUUACAUUUGGACCACAACCAAUUUUCAGCAAAUAUUCUACUUUGCUAUAAGACCUUUACCCCUUACGAGUGAAAUUUUGAUCUACACAAGUCUGGACAAAAAUUUCAUCACAGCUUGAAAGAGCAUCACAAAAUUAGUAAUAUUCCGAAGUUUCGUUGCGAAAUGUUGAAAAAAUGCGGAUAAUGUAGCCUUGCAAAGUUUGCCGUUUUUCAGUCAUUUUGUAUUACGCGUGGGAAAUUGGUAAUCAGUUUGAUCAUCUGAUUAUCAAUUUCCCGUUUGUAAUACAAAAUGACUGAAAAACAGCAAACUUCGCAAGGCUAUAUUAUCCGCAUUUUACAACAUUUCGCAACGAAACUUCGGAUUACUAGUAAUUUUGUGAUGCUCUUUCAAGCUGUGAUGAAAUUGUUGUCCAGACUUGUCUAGAUCAAAAUUUCACUCAAAAGGGGAAAGGUCUAUUACCAAUGAAAACGCAGGGAGGGUAGAGAGGAAAGGUCUGGUUAAAAUUUCCUGAACCAUUUCUCUAAGAAUGUUGUGUGAUAAUCACAUAAUUAUAGGUCCAAUUCUAUAUUAACAACAUUAAUUAAAUUAACAAUAUUUUCCAUAUCAACUUGAAAAUAUUUUAAAAUACAUCAUAAAUAAAUCAUGAUUUCAUAGAAGGGUCGUGGGAAUUUCGCAGAUGGAACAUUCCGAUCACUGCAACCAUUAAUGGCUGAUUCCAGCUAACGACUAAGUUUUGAUCCAAAGAAGAAGGCGAAAUCUAUCAUUAUAGCUUAAAAGAACAUCAUUAAAUUGGUGAAAUUGCCAAAUAUGGUUGCAAAAUGUUCUAAAAUAACGAAAAAUAUAGGCCUUUGAAAUUAGAACAUUUUGAGUGUUUAAAUUCGGCUCAAAAGUGGUGCAUUUUUCCGCGCGUGAUACUAAAAUACUCAAAAUUUGCUAAUUUCACAGGGCUAUGUGUUUUCGUAUUUCAUAACAUUUCGCGACCAAACUUUGCAAUCUUACUAAUUUUAGGAUGCUCUUUUGAGCUAUAAUGAUAUAUUUCGUCUUUCUUGUCUAGAUCAAAAAUUACUCGUUAGCUGGACUAAUCAUCCAUUGACUAUUACAGUCGUGCCAAUAGAAGCGUUCCGAAAAAUGUUGACCAGUUAUUUCCUAACUUCGAGGAGUUCCUCUGAACAAUUAGCCAUUCCAAAGUUGAUGAGAGGACUGGGGACGAGUGUUAAAAAGUGCCCAAAUUAAGAAAUGAACCAAAUCACUAAAAAGACCACCUCAAAAUUAGUAAGUAUACGAAGUUUGAAGACGUUUACAUGAAUACCCUUCGAAUAAUAAGCUUUCGAAAAUUGUGAAAUUACUGAUUAAAAGAUUGGUUUAUUAUUCGAAGGAUAUUCAUGUAAACGUCUUCAAACUUCGUAUACUUACUAAUUUUGAGGUGGUGUUUUAGUGAUUUGGUUCAUUUCUUAAUUUGGACACUUUUUAACACUCGUCCCCAGUCCACUCAUCAACUUCGGAAUGGCUAAUUCCUCAACAAUUUGAUAAUUCCUUAAAAAGUUCCUAACUUCCUGUUUCAUUGACCAAUCAGAUUGCUCAACAAUAAAAUAUAAAAUUUGAUUGGUCAAUGAAACAGGAUGUUAGGAACUUUUUAAACAAAUUUUCAAAAUUUUCAGGAAUUGUUCAGAGGUGUUCCUUCAAGUUAGGAAAUGAACUGGUCAACACGACUGUAACCAAUCAGAACCAAUGCGUAUACCAAGCCGAUGAGAGGUAAUAGUAAACCUCUCAACUAAAUGUCGUACGAAGGUCCAUUGCGCGGAGGGUAUUAAUUGUUCUUCGCAGUUUAUCGGGAUCCGAGAGCAGUCCGAAGAAUAAUUAAUAACUUUUGCGGAGGAGAGAGCCAUUGACAUGUGUACUGACAGUGUAUUUAUAACGUUUUUUCACAGGCAAGAGAAUGUCAGUUCACAAAAUCCGUCAAAAGAAAUGCGCGAAAGAGAGCAGCGAGGCGAAACUGUGCUGUAAACUUGGUCGAAGGGCGGCAAAGAAAGGUUACUACUGCAACUUGAAGAAAAAAGAGGAUGACAAUUCUAGGAAAGCAAUCAGAUUUCGUAAACAAGUGAUCAGAAAAUGUUCCAUGCACUCCUCGUGUUUCCGCUCGUGUUGCGAGGUGUACCAGAGAAAGCGAAGAAGCAGCAAAAAACGUAACACGGAACGAGAGAAUCGAAAGCAGUGAGACAAGUGGAUUAUCCUGAAUUUGUUUCUAGUGGACUGUGACUAUACGUUAAAUAACAUUCUUAACUUUGACUUUGAGACACAGAUUUGAGAAAUAGUUCUCCACAACUUUCUAAGGUAGUAGCAUAGUCUAUCAAGAUAUGAUGGUCUGGGGCCGGUUGUUCAAAAGCCGGGUAGCUUAACCCUGUGUUUAACGUGAAUACCAAAGCAAACUUCCCAGCUAGCUUGUUUAUAAACUUGGAAAUAGUUUUUCAGAAAUCUUGUCUGGAUCAUCAGAAGUUUAGUUUCCUAAAGUUUCGAAAUAAACAUGUUGUAUUAUUUGUCAUUUGUCGCGCGCCGCAAGCACUCAAUUGAAAAGCAGUGUUGAUAUAUAUAGAUUAUAUCUAUAUAUAUCAACACUGCUUUUCAAUUGAGUGCUUGCGGCGCGCGACAAAUGACAAAGGAAUGGGGCGAGCUUAAUGCAAAUUGACAUUUGGAAGCAUUAUUGGUGCAUUCUACACGCCGUUUUGGGCUGCCUAUGAUCCGACGGUAAAAUUUGGCGCGCUUGCAGGGUAUCAGAGUCCGUCUCUCCCUACUUUUCUCUCAUAUUUUCGCGCUUUUUUUGACCGCUCGCGUGCAUCGCUAUUUUCAACCCCUUGAGAGACGGACUUGAACCAAGUCUAGUCAUUGUGUUAUGUUUUUUUUGUCGGAGUUUAUGUUAAUUUGUGCACGGUCACGGUGAUUGAGCUCAUUGUAUUUUCGUAUAAUGAAGUAAUCAUCCAGUAGGGAUAGCUGAAAUGAAGGAUUUGUGAAGUCACGGUGAGGCACAGUUCGACUGAUCAAACAUGAAAGUCCUUCUAUUGUGUAUAGUUUGAAGUUUGCCGCGCUUCCAGACCAUCAUAUCUUCUUGACACACUGUGGCAGUAGAGAAUAUAUAUUGUUGGGUCAAGUAAGAGUUUGGUAUUGCAUGCUUAUCGUAACAUAGUAUUUUGAACUUGAGUUUAAUGUGUUUAUCAUUUCGAGAUCAUGCACCGAGGUUGAUGGACAGCCGGAAGAAUCACAACCCAAUUGGGGGGGGGGGGUGCUUUAAAACGGAGGGAGAGACCAAACUCUCUUCUCGUGGGCGUAUUCCUGCAGGCAAAAGUUUUUAUAGCAGCACAUGAAUUUUUAUUUUUUAUUAUCUAUUUCCUGACCAAGUUUUUCAAGAGGGAAAAAUGGCCGAUCCACUUACUACUUGUAUAAUUUAUAUUACCUAAUUAGCUUCCUAGAAACAGACUUAACUAUAUGAUUAAUAAUGAUCAAACAUACAUUGAACAAAGACAUUAUUUUUCUUAUUGUCGCAUACUACCACGAUUCUAUACCCAACUCAAAGACCUAGCUGGAAUGUUUCUUUCAUAGAAACUCUCUUUUCAAUUGAUGAGACAAAGCCAAAGGUGACAGAAUGUCUUCUUUGUGGAAGUAAACUUAAUUUCUAGCAUAAAUUAGGAAUUGACCGGACUAAUUUUCAAUUACGCCGGCAAUGAUGAAACGACCGCAAUUAUCAUAUAUAGGCUAAUUCAGUAACCUGCGAAACAGGAAAGCAGAGACACAGAAAUGAAACAGGAAAUAUUUACUUAAUGCAUUGAUUAUUGUAUCUUAGUUUGAAAACAUCAGCAUUAAUCUACAUCAUCAUUAAUUAAUGUGUUGUGCAUGGUCAUCGAGACCCUGGGUCUAAAUCAAGCAAUCUUAAUCAGUUUAGGUGCAUACUAAAUAGUUUGAUUUUCAAUUGUCUGUUAUCUAUAAUUAUUCGAUUCCAGAAAACACAGUGCGUCACAAAAAGAUCUGUCACCUCUCUCAACGAUACCAGCCCCAAACCGUCCAGGAAAUACUUCCCCAACCUUUAACCCUAGCCUUAACUUUGGCUAAUCGGUUCCCACUACUCCAAGUGGCAGUUGCUUUACCAUACCAGCCGCCCACAGUCGAACCAUAGCGAUCGUUGUAUUUCAAGGAAACAUAACAAGCGCCUUUCGGAACAUAGUAGGAGACAUAUUUUGUCCUCCCAUUGGUCCUGUACCGGCGACUGCUUUGAAGAUAACCCGAGCCCAAAUAUUUACGAGUGUAUGCGUCGAUACUGUAUGCUGUAAUACAGAGCACCAAAAGCACGGCAAGGACCGACUUGUUCGCCAUUUUCUUGACAGCGCACCAAAUUGAAAUCGAUUCAGUUAUUGAUUCUUCAGAUCUUCUGAACUGUUGAAGUUGCUGUUGUCAAUUUUGAACUGCUGC